AUGUCACAAUUCGAGAGGAGUUUGCAAUGUCCUAUUUGUAAAGAAUUUAUGGAUAAUCCAAAAUGUGUAAAAACAUGCAAUCACUUCUUUUGUGAUUUGUGUAUUUCUAGAGAAUUUUCAUUUAGAAACAAAUGUCCUGUCUGUAAAGAGGAAUAUUCAAAGAGUGAUAUCAUUAAAAUACCUUUUGUUUCGGAUAUGAUGGAUAUGUAUAUUAGAGCGAGGAAAGAUCUUAUGGAAAAAUUUGGAAAUCAUAGUCAGGAAAUAAGCCAAACGAGAGAAGAUCAAAAAUCAAUAAUCAGUGAAAGUCAAGAAUCGUUCGACUGGUCUGAACAACUUAAAAACAACAAACAUACUCACGAGCAAAUUCAAAAAAGCAAACUUCCACCACUUUGUUUUUCAUUAUUGAAAAACAAUCAACUCAAAGAAUAUUUGAAGAAAUAUUCAUUACCUCUCCAUGGCACCAGAGAACAAAUGAUUUGGAGAAUUAAGGAAUUCAUUCUACGAUAUAAUUCUAAUAUUGAUAGGACGAAUCCAUUACCCGAGGAAAAAAUAAUUAAUUCUAUAAUUAAGGAAGAAAAAGAACGAGAGCAGCUAAAGACAAAAACCGUAACUCCCAAUCUUGCAUUCUUCUCCAUUCCAAAGAGAAAGAGUGAUUCUACCACCAUUAACCUUGUGGAUUCUUCAUUCACAGACAGUUUUGAUGGAGGUCUGGAAGCUAUUAGUCCAAUUAAAAAGGAGGAAACAAAAGACAGUUCUAUUCACACAAUUAUUCUAUCGCCAGACGAUACCAAUAUUAUUAUUCUCACACCACCACCAAAAGAAGAGCCAAAGGAAGAAAAGUAUUCACCAUCGUUUGUUGACCAUUCCCCAAACAAGAACAAGAGAAAAAGCGAUGAUGACACACCAACAAAAUGGAAAAAAAGGUGUACUGUAAAAAUCAGAACACCACUCUCUAAACAAUCACAAUCCAAUAGUAGUUUGGAGUCGAAAUAA